AUGUGUGUGACGAUUACAGCGAACGCGUCAUCUGGAAUGGCUGUGCACGACGACUGUAAGCUGAGGUUCUUGGAGCUAAAAGCAAAGAGGAACUUCCGAUACAUUGUCUUCAAGAUCGAGGCGCAGCAAGUGUUGAUAGAGAAACUCGGCAACCCCGAUGAAACUUACGAGGAUUUCACAUGUUCUCUACCUGCCGAUGAGUGUCGCUAUGCUGUUUUUGAUUUUGAUUUCAUCACGGCUGAGAAUUGCCAGAAGAGCAAAAUCUUCUUCAUUGCAUGGUCUCCUGAUACAUCAAAUGUGAGAAGUAAGAUGGUGUAUGCAAGCUCCAAAGAUCGGUUCAAGAGGGAACUGGAUGGUAUCCAAUUCGAGUUGCAAGCCACGGAUCCAAGUGAAAUGAGCAUCGAUAUUGUAAAGGAUCGAGCUAUUUAG